AUGGCGGACGACAACCCAUACGGCGAAUACCAUAGGCGUCCUUCCUUCAUCAAAGUGUUUUCCGGCUCUCGCAACAAAGAGGAAUUGCGUUUACCUCCACAAUGGGUUGCGGAAUAUGGUACUGACUUGCCGGUCGACUGUCAGCUCGUCAUGCCAAAUGGAAACCGCUGGCAAGUCCGCCUGAUUCAAAUAGCCAGUGGAUGCCACUUUUGCGUUGGAUGGUCGGAAUUCCGGCUGUCCAAUAAUAUUUCACAUGGUGAGAAACUAACAUUCACCCUAGUCGACGUGGGCAUUUUCCACGUAAAAAGAUACAAGGCCGGAACCGGUUGCCCCCCACGAGGUGAUCUCGAAAGUGAGCAUCUUGUGUAG